UCAUCCAAAACGAGUCGCCUCUCAGAAUCACCGCACAGUCCGGAGAAGGCAUUAAGAAAAUGCACGCUGACGAACAGGGGUACCUCUGCAAACAUUUUCACUAAGGAACAGGUGCAUCUUGCACGAGCCCCCCGCGCGCCAAAGGCUGUGGGGCCAAAACACAUUCCUCACUGUGGAAAUACAUCAAUAUCGUCAACAUCACCUUCACCUGUGUGAAUUAUGGAAUGCUGAGGUUAUCCAUCGCGCGUCCGGAGAAUUGGAUCUCGACCCUCGUGGAGUAGCCCGAGCCUACGUCAUCUCCUUGCACGGAGCAGAAUGCGCCCUGGUUUCUGAUUGUUAAAUGUUUAGUUCAGAGAUGAUUCCCUCACAGCAGAAUCAUGUUGUCACCACCAUUGAGACUAUGCCUCCUGAAACUAUCACGUCAUCGCCGACAAUGGUUCAAAGGAUAAGAAAAGUGUUUAGCAGGGAACUUCUAGUAACACUGGCUCUGGGCCAGGUCCUGUCUCUGCUCAUCUGUGGCAUCGGGCUGACCAGCAAGUACCUGGCUGAUGAUUACCACGCCAACACGCCCGUGUUCCAGAGCUUUCUCAACUACAUCCUGCUGUUCCUGGUCUACACCACCACGCUCGCCGUCAGGCAAGGUGAGGAGAAUUUACUGGCAAUACUGAAAAGGCGAUGGUGGAAGUACAUGAUUCUGGGAUUGAUAGACAUCGAGGCUAACUACCUGGUUAUCAAAGCCUACCAAUACACCACACUCACCAGCGUACAGCUCUUAGACUGUUUCACCAUCCCCGUGGUGCUGCUGCUGUCCUGGUUCUUCCUGCUGGUGAGGUACAAGGCCGUGCACUUUGUGGGCGUCGGGGUGUGUCUGCUGGGCAUCGGCUUAAUGGUGGGGACAGAUGUCCUGGUGGGAAGACAACAGGGCCUAGGGGACCAUAAGCUCCUGGGGGACCUGCUGGUGCUGGGAGGGGCCACGCUGUAUGGCAUCUCUAAUGUGUGUGAGGAGUUCAUCGUUAAGAACCUGAGUAGGGUGGAGUUCCUGGGCAUGAUGGGACUGUUUGGCUCCUUCUUCAGCGGCAUUCAGCUGGCCAUCAUGGAGCAUAAGGAGCUGUUAAGGGUGCCCUGGGACUGGCAGAUUGGGUUGCUCUACAUCGGCUUCAGUGCCUGCAUGUUUGGCCUGUACAGCUUCAUGCCCGUGGUCAUCAAAAGGAGCAGUGCCACAUCGGUCAACCUCUCUCUGCUGACUGCUGACCUCUACAGCCUGUUUUGUGGUCUCUUACUGUUCCAGUACAAGUUUUCAGGGCUCUACCUCCUGUCCUUCAUCAUCAUUGUGCUGGGUCUGGUCCUCUACACCUCUUCCUCUACCUACGUGGCCCAGGACCCGCGCAUCUACAAGCAGUUCCGCAAUGCCGGCCACCCCAUUACGGACACGCCCACUCUGGGGCCCCUGGAACCCUCGGUGACCUAUACCAGCCUGAGGCAGGAGAUAGAGGAGGAGCCUCGCAUCAGGGUGGCCUGAGGGGCUGGAGCCUAAUCAUCCACUGCACCGCCUCCCAGAUUCUGUACAGAGAGAAUGAUAAUGAUCACUGAAUGAUAAAGAUAUAAUCAUGUAGCAAACUAGCAAAAGUACACUGUGAUCACAAACUGUGAAUAGAUAGCAGUGACUAUUUCAGAUUGAGGAUUUGUUUCAUGUAUAGAAAUAUACUGUUCCCCCAUCACAUUCCCUCUUACUGUGCAUUGGACAUGUUUAAAAUGGUUUUGUGUUAAAGGCUUGUGUAAAUGGUGACUUGUUUCUUUUUUUUUUUACAUCAGCACAGAACUUUAUUGGAUUUUAAAGAUUUGAAUUUGAGCUGUGGGUCUAGCUCUCCCAUUGACUUUAUUCCAGUGUUGUAUUGUUCCCUCAGAGAUAAGAUAAAGUAAUACACAGACUUACCACGAGUCAGUGCCUUACAAUGUAUUACUGUUGUGUGUGUGUGAGCUGCACAUUUAUAAAUGGCCCCUUCCUUGUAAGCCCAGAAUUGUCUGAAGACAUUGGAUACCGUGGCCCCUCAAUUUAAAUGAAUAAACUCUAUUUAGAGCACUGUGGACUGCGUCUCUGCAUUACAUUUAGUCUGCCCUUACAACUACUUGCUAAACCACACAUAUAUCCAACUUUCCAUGUUGGAGACAUUAUCUCCCGAGGCCAGUGGGCAUAAAGACAAAUAUAUCCGGAUUCCUAAUGAAGCGAAGUGAUUAUUGUACAUUUGUUUCAUUGUUCAUACGUACACCGAACUCGAGUUGAUAGAGAAAAUAAUGUGAUGAUCACAAUGCACAUGUCAUUCCAGAAUUGUGAUGUUCUGUUUUACUGAUUGUCCAGCUGUUGGAUUGUAUUUUGUGUUUGCUUUUUAUUCCCUGCUGGAUUUUAUCCAAAGCACAUUAAUGGAACGAUUUGGAAUCUAUUUCUUUCAAAGUAAUAUUAUCCUCUGUUUUGUAUUCUAUUUGAUGUUGGUGCAUUGGAGCCCUUGCUGUCAGAAGUGUUGCUUAAAAUAAAAGUAUCUUGGUCUGAAACGCAGAGAAACGGAAAUAUCACACCACUCAAAACAUGGUGAAGAUUUGUGGCAAGUAAACACACAGGAACACUAUUUACAACUGAAGAUUGGCGAGAGUGGUUGUGCAGAUUCACAUGCUAUCACUGGGUGAGAUAACCACAUCCACAAUUCAUUCCUGAGUGCAGGUCCCCACCUACAACACAGAAAGAGCAGGUCAUGUUGAAACAGUUACUCGUUCGCUUUCAUCAUAUUCUGGAACAUGUGAAACGUUCAUUUUUGCCAGACUCAGCGAAUGUAAUUUGGUCAUAGGGACCAGAUUGCAAUAUCUUAAAUCAUAGGGUUUUUCCUGAACUUGAUAUGAUAAAGUGGGUCUGUACAUACAGUAUGCAUCAGGAUGUAAUGCCAAAAUCAAUUUAUAUGGAACAUCAGAGGGAAAACAUUGGAUCUCUUACUUUGCAUACUGCAUUGCACUUCGAAUACAAGUCACAACCUUAACAUUGCCAAAGGUUUAAAGGAAAGGUUGCUGUCUUGUGUAAGGCCUAAACGUGCUAUCAAUAUUCUUUAGAUGUGUGGGUACUUAGGCUGUACUUUGCUUAAAUCACCUAGAUGAAUUAAAAUAGUAACAUACUGAUGACAUAUUGUACCCAAUGGGUAGGCCUAAACCUUCAACUGAAACUUAAGUCCUCAUAUAGCAGUGGCAUAUGAUGUAAACAGAGAGAAAUCUGCAGUCAUUUACCAUUUUGAUAUUUGCAUGUUCUAGGUGGAUUGGCUGUGGUAAUGUCUAUUAACUGUAAAUUGUUUUCAAAUAAAAGACUUUGUCAAAAAGA